AUGACCACUGAUCCCCUCCCCAGCAUCCUCUGCCUCCACGGCUCUGGCACAUCCGCCGCCAUCUUCAAAAUCCAAACCAUCCGUCUCCGCCGCGAGCUGCAACACCGCUUCUCCUUCGUCUUCAUCGAUGCGCCCUUCCAAACAGACCCCGACCCGGGCGUGCUGCCAGUCUUCGCCGAUGCAGGGCCCUACUUCACCUGGGUGGAUCUCUCUACGCUGCCUGUAUCGUGUCGCUCGCUAGCUACAAAGGACGAAGAAACUAAGGAAAUGUCGGCGCUGCAGAGGAGUAUCCUCCGCGGCCGCACGCAGCUGAUGCCCGCGCGCACGGUGGAGUUGUUGGAGAAGACAGUUCGCGAGCAGAUCGAGAGGGAUGGGAGGGGCUUUGUGGGCGUUAUUGGCUUCUCGAUGGGGGGCCGGUUGGCUGCCGGGUUGUUACUGGAGCAGCAGGAACGGCUCCUGGCACAGCAGCGGGGGAAUGGCGGGAAUGCGAGCGGGAACGGAUUCGCAGACUGUCACCUUGCUCCGGCUCCCACUGGCCUGAGUGGUGGUGGUGGUGGUGGUGGUGAGGGGCAAUCGUUCAAAUUCGGAGUCUUCAUAUGUGCGACGUCGCCGCCCAUAACAAAAUUGCACGACCUCCUCGAUCAUGAUAGUACGGAUGGAAGAGGCGAUAAAAUCACACUGCCUCAGAUUGAUAUUCCCACUCUACAUAUCCUGGGCCUCAAUGAUCCUUGGAUAGCCCCGGGAGAGUUGUUGGCGACAACUCAUUUCAACCAGGUGAAGACGACGGUGCGGAAGUUGGAUAUGGGCCAUCAUCUCCCUACUCAGCAGAAGGAUAAUAUGCUGCUGGUCGAAGGGAUAUUGGAUAUGGCAAAGGAAAUUGGCAUAUGA